AUGCAGCACCCGUCCCAGGGGAACGCGAUGAACGCGCCGUACAACCCGCAGCAGCCCCCGAGCAACGGCGGCCCGAUGAUGGCGCCGAUGAAUGGCGGUGCGCAGCCGCAAAUGGGCAUGAUGCGCCCCAUGUCGUCGAGCCGCCAGCCGAUGGGAGGGAUGGGGUAUGCCGCCGCCGCAGCAGCAGCAGCAACAGCAGGGCCCGCCCGGAAUGCUUCCGCGCGGCGUCAUGGACGGCCCUCCCCAAGGCCGGCGGUAGAGGACAACGAACGACGGAGCCCGUUGUUGUCGUGUAUUUUGUAA